AUGCUGCGGCGACAUCAUCUCAAUCCCGAGCAGCAGCCCAUGUUGUACGUGUGGGAUGCAGCAGCAGAUCUGGCCCCGACCUUCAGCCAGAUAGAUAAUGAGCUUGUAGCGCACAACUUGAGGCGGGCGCAGGCAGCCAUGAGGGGGGCCCGCCUGGGGCCCCACCAUUUCAGCGGCUCCACUGGAUAUGGCCAUGGCGACCUGGGCCGCGCAGCUCUGGAUGAUAUUAUGGCGGAGGUGAUGGGGGCAGAGGCGGCGAUCGUGCGCAUACAGUUUGUGUCAGGCACGCAUGCAAUCUCCACGGCGCUCUUUGCAGCGCUGCGCCCGGGGGAUGAGCUGCUGGCGGUGGCAGGCAAGCCGUAUGACACUCUGGAAGAGGUAAUAGGGCUAAGGGGGACGUCUGGGCAUGGCAGCCUGAGGGAAUGGGGCGUUGCCUACAGGGAAUUGCCCCUUGCUGAGGGCGGCGAUAUUGACUGGGCAGCCCUUGCGUCAGCCAUCACUCCGACAGAGACGAAGGUGGCCUCGAUUCAGAGGUCCUGCGGCUAUGCGCUGAGACCCACGCUGAGCAUCGCGGCCAUAGAGCGAGCCGUGCGCAUCAUCAAGGAGCAGAGCCCUGACUGCAUCGUGGCCGUGGACAACUGCUACGGAGAGUUCACUGAGGACAGGGAGCCAUGCGCAGUGGGCGCUGAUCUGGUGAUGGGCAGCCUGAUCAAGAGCCCGGGGGGCACGAUCGUGCCGGGUGGCGGCUACAUUGCCGGCCGUGCGGAUCUGGUGGCGGCUGCGGCCGCUCGGCUGACCGCGCCCGGCGUUGGCACCGAUGCCGGCGGAGUCUCCGGCUCCACCCUGCGCCUCAUGGCCCAAGGCCUAUUUUUGGCGCCUCAGAUGGUGGGCGAGGCGCUGAAGGGCGGUCGACUAGUGGCCGAGGUGAUGAGUCGCGAGGGGUACGCGGUGGCACCGGCGGGGCGCGUUCCCUCCCCGGCCUCCUUCAUCACCGCGGUGCAGGUCGGCAGCGCCGCGCGCAUGUGCGCCUUCUGCCGCGCUGUGCAGCGCGCCUCCCCGGUCGGCUCCUACAUCGAGCCCGUGCCCGGGGUCACGCCGGGGUACGAUGAUGAGGUGAUCUUUGGGGAUGGGACGUUCAUUGACGGUAGCACAGCAGAGCUAAGCGCGGAUGGGCCGCUGCGGCCGCCGUAUGUGGUGUACUGCCAGGGAGGCACCCACUGGACGCAUUGGGCUGUUGCCCUGGAGUCCAUUGUGGAGGACAUGCGCGCUUGUGCUUGA